CACAGUGGCAACGAGUGGAGAUGAUGAGAGGGGAGGGAAGUCGCGUCGCCUGAGCGUCGGCUUUGCGUCUAUGGGGGGUUUGGCUAGAGGAGGCGCGGCGCACUCUGCCCUCUCCAUACCACCUGUAUGGAUGACCACUUUAAACUAAUCGACUCACCCCGCUCGGUGAGACACAGAGGCAACAACGUUGAGAACCACUGUUACUUCGAGGCGGAGAAGGGCGUCAUGACAGUCGAGAACAUGUUGGAGGAGUCAGCGGCGCUUUCGAGCCACCUGUCCGUGGAUCGAUAUGAGCGAGAGCGUGGACGCGAUUGCUGCGAGAGGGUGGUUCUCAACAUUUCAGGGUUACGCUUCGAAACUCAACUCAAAACUUUCAACCAGUUUCCGAAAACGUUGCUCGGGGACCCCAGAAAGAGAAUGCGUUACUUUGACCCACUGAGGAACGAGUACUUCUUCGACAGAAACCGACCCAGCUUUGAUGCCAUUCUCUAUUAUUACCAGUCAGGAGGGCGCAUACGGAGACCUGUUAACGUGCCUAUUGACAUCUUCUCUGAGGAGAUCAAUUUCUAUCAACUCGGGGAAGAGGCUAUGGAAAAAUUCCGAGAGGACGAAGGAUUCAUAAAAGAAGAGGAACGUAUUUUACCCAAUAAUGAAUUCCAAAAGCAGGUUUGGCUUUUGUUUGAAUACCCUGAAAGCUCUGGCCCAGCUAGGGGAAUAGCUAUCAUCUCAGUGCUUGUCAUUUUAAUAUCAAUUGUUAUAUUCUGUUUAGAGACCUUGCCUGAGUUUCGGGAUGACCGGGAACCUAUCCCGUUAGCACUUACAGUCAAUGGGACGGCCUCCUAUCACGCAAAUCCAUUCACCGACCCUUUCUUUGUGAUAGAAACACUUUGCAUAAUCUGGUUCUUUGAGUUGCUGGUCAGGUUCUUCGCGUGCCCCAGCAAAUCCACGUUCUCAAAAAAUAUCAUGAACAUAAUCGACAUUGUCGCCAUAUUUCCCUACUUCAUCACUUUGGGGACAGAACUGGCUGAGAAGCAGGGGAACGGUCAGCAAGCCAUGUCCCUAGCCAUUCUCAGAGUGAUAAGGCUCGUGAGAGUCUUUCGCAUCUUCAAGCUCUCCAGGCAUUCUAAGGGCCUACAGAUCUUAGGGCAGACGCUAAAGGCCAGCAUGAGGGAGCUUGGACUGCUGAUAUUUUUUCUUUUCAUUGGAGUUAUCCUUUUCUCCAGUGCUGUUUAUUUUGCCGAAGCCGAUGACCCAUCCUCCAGUUUCACAAGCAUCCCAGAUGCGUUCUGGUGGGCUGUGGUCACCAUGACUACUGUCGGAUACGGAGACAUGCACCCUGUGACAAUUGGGGGCAAAAUUGUUGGGUCAUUGUGUGCUAUUGCCGGAGUGUUGACUAUUGCUCUCCCUGUGCCAGUUAUUGUCUCCAACUUCAAUUAUUUUUACCAUAGGGAAACCGAUGGAGAAGAGCACGCACAGUACUUGCACGUCAGCAGCUGCGAGCACCUACCCUCAGCCACAGAGGAGCUGAAAAGGACUCGUAGCACGUCAUCUCUGAGCAAGUCAGAAUAUAUGGUUAUAGAGGAGGGCAUCAACAGUGGGUAUAAACAGCCCAACUUCACCAAUGAGAAUAACCAAAACUGCGUGAACAUCAAAAAGAUAUUCACGGACGUGUAAAUGCUGUCAUUUCAUAUGAUGGAGAUAUAGAGUUACGACUACUAUUUUUUCUAUGAUAGCUAAACUAAUCGUGAUGUGUCGGUACAUAUCUGUCAGGUGGAGUGUGCUAGUGUGCCACACAGGUUGCAAAACGUACUGUGAUCUUACAAUUCGUCCUUGAGUCCAAACAGGUGUUGAUGUUCGGUAGUUCGGUAGGUUGUAAGUGUUGCAUAUUUAUUCCCGAAUCGAAACAGUGUUGUCGUUGUGUUUUUUUAAGGGGAAACGUUCGUUGGCUUAUCAGUGUUCAGUCUUGUCAUGAAUAGCAAUACAAUAUAAUCUACAAUGUCUGUAGGAUGUUGCUUACAUCGGACGAUGACAAACAUAGGCUAUGCUUGAAUGGGCAAUUUAUGCGUAAUGAAAAUAUGGACAUACAAGUAUCAUAGCCCACGAGAUCAGGCUUUUAGCAUUACAGCCAAUACCAAAUAAAACAAGAAAAUGAAAGUA